AUGCUGACAAGGUCUUGCCUGCGCUCGACGCGCAUCCUCAAUGGACUGCGAAAUGGCGCGACUACCGUCUCCAAGCGAGCGGCCUCGACGAGCUCUGGUGCUGCCGGCGAAGCCUCCCCUGCGCGACUCAACCUAGCGGCCAUCGCCUCGACCACUGUGGCCGUCGGCUCCAUCGCCUGGUACUAUCACCUCUAUGGCCCGGUUGCUCAUGCUAUGACGCCAGCUGAGGAGGGUCUGCACCCUACCAAAUAUCCCUGGGUUCACGAGAAGUGGUUCAAAACCUUUGACCACCAGGCUCUCCGUCGAGGCUUCCAAGUCUACCAGGAGGUGUGCAUGAGCUGCCACUCCUUGAGUCGAAUCCCUUACCGGUCACUGGUUGGCAGCGUCCUGACCGUCGACGAAGCCAAGGCCCUGGCCGAGGAGAACGAAUACCCUGGUGAGCCGGACGAGCAGGGUGAGAUUCAGAUGCGCCCCGGAAAGCUGGCCGAUUACAUCCCCCCUCCCUACAAGAACGAGGAGGCGGCUCGUUUUGCAAACAACGGUGCCCUCCCUCCGGACCUGAGCUUGAUCGUCAAGGCCCGCCACGGGGGCUGCAACUACAUCUUCAGCCUGCUGACGGGCUACCCCGAGGAACCGCCGGCGGGCGCGCAAGUCGCUCCCGGCAUGAACUUCAACCCGUACUUCCCCGGCACCGGCAUUGGCAUGGCGCGUGUCCUCUACGAGGGCCUCGUCGAGUACGAGGACGGCACUCCAGCCUCGACGUCGCAGAUGGCCAAGGAUGUCGUCGAGUUCCUCAACUGGGCGGCCGAGCCCGAGAUGGACGACCGCAAGAGAAUGGGCAUGAAGGUGCUGGUCGUGACGUCGGUUCUGUGGGCUCUCAGCAUUGGUGUCAAGCGAUACAAGUGGGCGUGGCUGAAGUCGAGGAAGAUUGCCUACGAUCCUCCUGCGGAGACCAAGGUUCGCCGCUGA